AUGUCUAAAGCAAUAACACAGAAUCGAAACGAAUCAGAAUUCAACGGUAAACGAGACAAAAUUAGCAGAUCUACAGAAGAAUUAAACAGCAUAGAGGGAGAUCUAAACCUAACUGAAUCCGAAUUCAACCAGAACAAUUCGCUUGUUAAUCUCACGAAGCCAUCAAGUGAUAGCGAACUAAUUGAGAGCAGCAUUUUAAUGAUAGCCAAUGCCAAUUUGAAAUGGCAAAAGAAUUUCGAAGAGCUUUGUCUAGCUGUUGACCGACUACAACUACAAUCUAGUAAAGGGUGGACAAGCCCGGGAGGUUACUGUAAACUGUUCGAAAGCGGGGAAGUCUCGAUACGUUGGUAUUCGAAUAGUAAAACUUUGACG